AGGAUCCCCCGAGACGACAGUUACAUUUGAAGGAACAGACGAGGCACGCAGCCCAUUAUCGUGCUUGUUACAGCCUAUAUUGCGUUCAUAUUAACUAUAUUAACAAUAAAAACAAUACAAAUCCUAAAGACAGUAAAGAGUUUGACAACAAGACGUCCAAAGCGAUGACCGGCUCAAAUGAGUACAAGCUGAACCAGGGCCCGGAGGACAGCAUCUCUGCUGUCAAGUUCAGUCCCAACACAUCCCAGUUCCUGCUGGUCUCCUCCUGGGACUCCACUGUCCGCCUCUAUGAUGUUGGAGGAAACACCAUGAGAAUGAAGUACCAGCACACAGCUCCAGUUCUUGAUUGUGCUUUUUAUGAUCCAACACAUUCAUGGAGUGGAGGUUUAGAUGCGCAGUUAAAAACUCAUGAUUUGAACACGGACCAAGACACAAUAGUUGGAACACAUGAUGCUCCCAUUCGCUGUGUGGAAUACUGCCCGGAAGUCAACGUCAUGGUAACUGGUAGCUGGGACAGAUCGGUUCGUCUGUGGGACCCGAGGACGCCCUGCAACGCCGGCACCUUCACUCAGCCUGAGAAGGUGUACACCCUUUCUGUGGCUGGCGAUAGGCUGAUUGUAGGCACAGCUGGAAGGAGAGUGCUGGUGUGGGAUCUGAGGAACAUGGGCUAUGUACAGCAAAGAAGAGAGUCCAGUCUCAAGUAUCAGACCCGCUGCAUCAGAGCCUUCCCCAACAAACAGGGCUACGUCUUGAGUUCAAUUGAGGGCCGUGUGGCUGUGGAGUACCUGGACCCGAGCCAGGAGGUGCAGAAGAAGAAAUAUGCCUUCAAGUGCCACAGGCUCAAGGAGAAUGGAAUCGAGCAUGUUUACCCCGUCAAUGCCAUCUCAUUCCACAGCGUUCAUAACACCUUUGCCACAGGUGGCUCAGACGGCUUUGUGAACAUCUGGGAUCCGUUCAACAAGAAGCGCCUGUGUCAGUUCCACCGCUACCCGACCAGCAUCGCCUCGCUGUCCUUCAGCAAUGACGGCACCAUGCUCGCCAUCGCCUCCUCCUACAUGCAGGAGCAGGGAGACAUCAGCCACCCGGAGGACGCCAUCUUCAUCCGCCAAGUCACAGAUGCUGAGACCAAGCCCAAGUCAACCUAAGUCCGCCAUGGAAGGGUUUCCCCUGCGUAGUUUCCCCUAAAAUGUGGCCUAUUGAAGCCUUUAUCACAUUUGGAAUAUCUGCUGGCAUCCAGUGUACCAUUAACAUAUUUUUCCUGUCACUGUAUUCCUCUCCAUUUACAACAGUAAAUGUUUUCUUACUUUUAAUUAAUAUUUGUUCAAAUUCCCUCUCCAAUUCUGGCCUGUCCUGUGUAUGCGGACAACCAGCUGUUGUUUCUUUGAUCUUUUACUAAAACUUUUUAUUUCUUUUAUUUUUUUCCUGUUUUGAUAAAGACAUCUCAGCAAACGUGAACUGUUGCUGACUGUGUAAUUCUGCAAAUGCGAGGUGUAUUUUAUGGAUCUUUUACCAGACAUGUUCACAUUAAAAAUAUUGGCAUUACAUUUGCAUGAGCAUGUUGACGCUCAUUCAGUCCUUGCAUUUAUCUCUUAUUUGGUACAGAUACCUGAAUUUCACACAAAAUAAAAAAUACACAUUUCA